GAGAUAUUGAGCCAAGAAUAGUUCUCGCCGGUCAAGCAAUGCUCCCUCUCAGUCUGCUGACCUACACAAGAUGCCUGAAAUGUCCGGACAUCAUAUUCCGAGUGCGAGAACGCCGCAUGGAAUGCUGGUCUAUUUCGUACGCAGGUUCUUUCAGCGUAACUAGCGGGAUGUACGAAUCAGAUAAAAGGAGUAUGUUCAUGGUACACUUCUGCAGCGGUCACCCUCAACCAGCAUCAUCCAAGUAAAGUCCCUGACCACCACCAACCCGUCAUGAAAUUCACAUCGGCAGCCAUCUCCCUCCUUGCUAUCACUCUUCCCGUGCUCGCUCAGACUGAGAGCCUUUCGUAUGACAACACUUACGAUAAUGCUGAUCUGUCUCUCGACGAAGUCGCCUGCUCAGAUGGGCCUAACGGACUCAUCUCCAAGGGCUACACGACCCUAGGUCAAUUGCCUACAUUCCCCAAUGUCGGCGGUGUCUACACUGUUACGGGAUGGGAUUCAGUUUACUGCGGAACAUGCUACGAAGUAACAUACGGCAGCGAGACAAUCGCAAUCCUUGCUGUUGACGUUGCGAGUUUAGGGUUUAACAUUGCGGAGGCAGCGAUGAACACGCUUACUAACAAUGAGGCUGCGUUUUUGGGGAGGGUAUCGGUGACUUCAGUUCAGGUCAACGCAUCUGUUUGUGGCCUUUGAAGGUAAGCACGUUGGGUUUCCUUGUGCAUGAAAAUCGACGCUCAUGUCGAGUAACUUAGUAUCCAUUGAUAAACACCAUCGGUUACUUGGAUUCGG